GAAGGACCCAAACAGGAGCAGCCAGGCAGCGGUGCGAGCACAGCUCUGGGCACAACCCAGGGCGGGCUCAGGGUAGGAGCCUGGAAUUGCCACUGUGGAACUGGAUCUCGGCUGUGUAGAAACUCGCCUCUGGUGACCUGGCAUGAGAGAGCAGAAUUUACCUUUCUUAGUGUGGCAAGCGUCUCUCAAAUGAGAAAAAUGUAUCCAGCUCGCUCUCUUGGAGAUGCAGAUGCAAUGAGAUGAGCAGGAGAUUCUGUGAUACAGAUCUUCAUUUAUCAGCAGGAGGAUAAAUCCACUUCAAGACAAAAUGGACUACAAAAUGUUACAUUUGGCUGAAUGGAAUGAGUGUCACGUCAGAGCCUGGCUACAGUCCAUUGGAAUAAAAGAAGAAUAUGUGAAAAAGCUAUGGGAGGAGGAAGUAACAGGUCCAGUGCUUAGAAAAAUAGACGAAUCUUUUCUCAAAAGCAUUGGUAUGAAAAAAGGCCAAAGCCAUGUACUUAUAUGUGAAAGAAACGAACUUUUGGAAUGUUUGAACAAAAAAGCAGGUAUUGGGCAAGCAGAUAAUCCCAGCUGUAAGACUCCAGAAAUCUCGAGUGACACUGGUAGACCAACUAAUGCUCAGGAAGAGACAGUGAAAGUCAGGAAUUCUAACAUGCCUGCAAGAGCUAAUGUACCAGCUGAAAAGAGAGAGUGUGGCUUAAAGACCAUUCAAAUCACACGGCCUAAAAAUGUACCAAGUUCUCAAGUAACAUUUCACCAGCAUGCAGCUUCAGAAACAAACAUCUCUGGUCCACUAGAAAAGUCUAGCAGGGAAGAUACCGAAAAAGCAGUGUCUACCCUUGUCAGGACAGAAAACAGGAGAAGUCAUUCAAUGCAUAAAAAAAGAGUUGAAGCUUUAACUCUGAGCCGAUUUCGACCAUUUGGCACUCAAGAUAUUAAUUUUAAGUAUGUGAAAAACACAGUCCUUUCUCCCGAAACAGGAGUCAUUGAUUUGAUCACCCCUUGCCAUGAAUACAAAUCUUUUGCCAUUGCUGCGGAGCUAGACAGACCAUGUCUUGAAGCAAAAUUUGCCUUUGAAGUGAUUCGAUUUGGCUCAGCCUGCAUGAAUAUCCGAAGUAAUGGAACGAUACACUUUGGUGUCAUGGACAGAUUUGAAGGUGACAAGAAUUAUGAACAUGGGCAGAUAAUAGGUGUGCCAGUCAGAAACAGAGACAUCUAUGUUGAUGCAUUGGAUAAAAACAUUACAAAAUGUUUCAAUGCAUCUGAGCAAGAAGCUGCAAGAAUUUGCAUUCGCCCUCCUGUUUUUAUUGAAGUGAUUGAGAAGGACACUCAAGACCAACGUUUUGUGGUGGAGGUUGACAUUGAACCAUCAUCCAGUACAGUGAAGGGGAAGAUUUUUCAAGUACGCUUACCUAGAUUUAACGAAAACAGCAAUAAGACAAUAUAUGAAAAAAAUCCAGUUCUCUAUCACAGACUUAAGGCCAAUUCUGAACCUGUAAAGAAUGAAGAACAAGUGGAUUUUAUUCAGGGUUUAAAAGAGAGGGAUAUUAGAAGAGAAAUGGCUGAGUCCUCCAGUAAUGAAGACCUGACAGAAACUUCACAGGAUUUAGGGCGGAAGUUAUUAGUUCUAUUAAAUGAUGGAAAGAACUAUAUAGAUGACUAUCUGAGUUAUAUCCUUGUCACAAACAGAUGUGGAAAGGAAGAUCUUAAGUCUAUCAACUUUUUAAUGCGCCUGAAUAUUUUCUGUGUGUUUGAUUUUGAUGAAGAUUCCAAUGUGUCAGGUUUACAUGCCAAGUACAAAGAGCAUCAUGCAACAAAUUUGUAUUUCUUGCAAAAUUAUACCAAUGAAAGCAAGAUGAACACCACUGAAUUUAAAAAACAUUUGGGCCUAGAUGAUUACACCAGCUGGAUAUUUUGCAAUGGACGAAGUGACUUCUUUGGGGAUGAAAAACCUUGUGAUGAAAAUACUUGGAUUAGAACAAAAAAGAAGUAUCUUAAGAAAGCCGUUACUUUUAUCUGUGAUGAAAUCCUUCCUAAGGGAUCUUUUGUGGUACUUUUCCUCCUUUUAUCACCUGUGGAGAAGCCAAUUGUAGACACCUUCCUGGAAUUCUAUACAGAAAUGAAUGGUAUGGAUUAUAUCAUAUGCAUUGCAGAGUCCAAAGAAAAUUAUGAGAAGUGGGCUAAUCUAGCUCAGGCAUCUUGUAGCAUUGAGACACUAGAACGGAGGAGCGUUGUGGGCAUGAAGCUAAGUCACAUAGAUGCCACUAUUCAAAACAUGAUGCCUUCUACAAUAUGUCCCAGACUUUUACCAGUUUCCACAAGAGGUCUGUGUGUGCUUCCAACACUGGAAGAAGAGAAAAUGUUUUCCCUUGAAAUAUUGUGUACAAAUCAAUGUGAUGAUAUCAAACUGGAUCUUUUGAGCACAAAAGAAAUACAAGAGAUAGAACGAACAUUUUACCAAGGUAGAAAAGUCAGCUGGAAAAAUUUCUGGCUUGCUGAUAAAGGGAGCUGUGGAGAAGUCAUUGAACGUGAUGCCUGCAGAGAUGUUCAUAAAAUCUUAGAUGGCACUUUGCAUGAGAACAGGAUCAGGGGGUUCAGUAAAUAG